AAUUAAAUGAUGAACAUAGUUUUGUUUUUCAGAAUAUGGUCUCCCUGUUGACAGUAAUCUGAAAAAGUCAUUUAAAGAGGUGUAUGGAAAAGUUCUACAUAAGUAUGGUUUCACAAUUGGCUUGUGGAGAAACAGCACAACUUGCUAUGGAGGAGUUGUACACAUAUGGUAUACUAAAGAGGGAGAUAUUUUAGCAGAAGAACUAUUCAGUCAAAAAGAUGUCCGUGAAGAGUUGAAACAAAAACAUUUAUUCUGCAUGUCAUUGAAUGAGAACAGGAAAGUGGUAAAAGAGUGGUUAGCAGAUUGUUUAUGUCCGCAGCCUUGUGAGAUAUAUUUAGACAAGGAUAGUUAUGAUUCAAACAAGUUUUGUGUUUUUCAAGAAGAAAGAAAUAAGUCUAAAGAAGAGAAGGAAAAGGAGAAGUUGUUAUUCCUUAAAGAGUGCCAGUUACGAGGCACGCAUCGGGAGUUGUGUAUGUACAAAUGGCAAUCCUAUAAACAAAAUCAGAGCAAACAGUCUUUUGAAAGAAUUGACAAAUCAAGGUUUGAACCUGUCAGCAAGGUUCCUAUUCAGCCAGGGUUGUUUAAAGGCACGUAUGGUGGACAUGGCACUGAAAUUGUUCAUUUGUACUAUGAUUCUGGUGGAACUUGUGGCCAUGGUCAAAAAAUAUCAGGUGACCCAAACGUUCCCUCAGGUGAAGUAAGUCUAAGAUUUAAUAUAGCCAAUCAUAUGGUGCUAGACAAAGAACAGCAACAGUUUCACGCUCUCAGACAAGAGGAGUUGGACGAUGAAGUGAAAUCUGCCUUCAAUCAUGAGAAAAUGUUGCAACAACCAUUCCUUAUGCCAUCUGAUAUACAUAUUGAUGACAGAAAUGCUGUCUGUCCAAAAUUCUGUAUAGCAAGAUUUCUCGGCAAGGGUACGGUAUCACCUAUGGGGUAUAGACAUCCAUCGUUGAUCAAUGUACAUUUUAUUGUGUUCGAUGAAAACAAAUUUGGUGUUCUAUGGAUAGAUCUUCACUCUUUCUCAUUAUUUUCACGAGUAGAAGAAACCUUUCCAGCUUUGAGAUGAUAGUGAAUGAGAGAAAAAUCAUCAGAGAUGCAACAAAUACUUCUUUUUAUUGAAAUCAAAUACAUUUUUGCCAAAAAGAAACAAUUUUUCCCCCAAAAAGAAAUACUUUUUUCCUAAAGAUAAAUACUUUUUCCUAAAAGGAAAUACUUUUUCCUAAAAAAAUAAAAUACUUUUUCCUAGAAAGAAAUACUUUUUUUUCCAAAAUAAAAUAUUUUUUCCCAAAAAGAAAUAACUUUUCCUAAAAAGAAACACUUUUUCCCAAAAUUUGCAUACUAAAAGUACAAAAAUAAAACUCCUUAAAAGUUUCAUUGUCAUAUUUUUGUUUGUCUUUCAAGUUUAUGCAUUUAUUUUUCUGCCUAUCUUUCCAAAACCAUUGAUAUCUAUUUUAGAUUUUGAAAUUUUAAUGCAAAUUGUUGGUUCAGAUAUAGUUUUACAUAUUGGUUACUUGAACUUCUGUGAUAAAAUUUUGAUAUAAUUUUUAAAGUUUAUUUGUUGUUAAUUAUAAUUGCAUUUUAUAUACUUACUUUAUACUUUAUUAAGUGAUAUACAGGGAAUCUUUUUAAUAUACAGACAUAUGAUAUUUUCAUUGUUUAACAACCAGGCUAUGUGCAUAUAGACUUUAUAUUAAACUUCUGUUUUUUUAUGCCCAGUUUGAGUGUGCAUAUUUUUUUUGAUAAAUUGUCUGUUAAUUAUUUAUACAAUUUAUUGUCACUCCAACACUUAAUAAGAUUGUUUUAAUUCCUCACACACUUCUUAAUUUAAUUUAUUUCACAAUCUCCUCCCCGCUUUCCACCGACCGCUACCCACACUGUCCCCCCCCCCCCCCCCAUAAACACACAUUUAUCUUAUCAUCGUGUCAUCAAUAUUACUUUGAUAUUAGUAUAGUAACAUGUAUUGUGGCGCAAUGUUUUAUUCUUGCUCUAGAGGCGUUCGUGAUAGAGUAGUAAAAAAUAAUCCAGCUGGCUUAAGGAAGGCAGAUGGUCCUACCCAGGUGUAGGCUUGUGCCUGAAAAAUAAAUGCAGUGUAUGGCACUGAAAGUCUUUUUUCUGGGCCUGUGACCAUGUUAAGAUUUAAGGUUCAAAAUUAAAAACUCAAAUAUUCUCCAUUGUGUAUGUCAUAGAUUUGAUAUUCAAUUUUAAUUUGACACAUGUGGACUUGAAAGAGCAAGUUGAUGAAAUUAUUUUUGAAAAAUUAUUAUUACAAGAGCAUUUUAUAGUUGAAUUGAUAAUACAGUAAAAUUCUAUUUUAGAGAAAAAAAUGAGACUUCUUCAUAAAUUGAAAGUAGCCGUGUACUUAAAACUUUAUAAAUGUAACAAUUAUCUGAUGCCAAACAGCGUUACAAACAUGCAGUAUUAGAUUUAAACAUAAUUAUUCAUGUAUCUUUGUUACAUAUUAUAAGAUAAAUUCUUGUUAAACCAGUACAGUAUUAAGGAAAUUACUUGUGUACCUUAAUUUUGUUAUCAUUUGCUAAAAGAUGUAUAAUGAUCUGAAUUGCCAAUUUUGAAGAAU